GGAGGGGGAGGAAAUGGGGGAUACUCUUGAUGAAGUGGGGGGAAGUAAUCAAGAGCUUCUUCGCCGAGUUCGACGAAGUGAGUGAUACGAUGGGCACGGGGCAACCGAUGAUUGGGCCGGUGAAGGGAGGCGAGAUAUUCAGCAUACAGGGUGGGGAGCGUGUGCAUGGUAUUGUCUCACAGGGACUCGUAAUCUUCCACAACGGGGAAGGUCCCGGAGAUGAUGCAAUACAAUUUCAUGUGGUUGUAUUGCCUCCAUGCAACGUUGAAGAGGAGGAUGUUGAGGGGAAAGACGGGGGUAUUGCGAGAGUGGACUUUGUAGAGCAGGCGAACAGCACAGUGCCGGUAGAAGAGUUGGUUGGAAAAGAUGCUUUAGUCGGUGGGGAACUCAAGGUGGGGGAGGCUACGUCAGCAGACCACGUCAGCAGGACACGUCAGCAGCAAGGGAUACCACAUCAACAGGCCCCCGCCCGGUCUAUGCUGUUGCGAUCUCAAACAGCAGUCAUGGACCAGAGGCCCGGGGAAGCAGACGAGGCCUAUCAGGCCCGCAUGCUGUCCUGGAGUACCGAGACAAAGAAACGGGCAGAUGACGCUGCAGCAGCGGCGAAGAAGAAGGCCGAGGAUGCCGAGCAGGCACGUCUACUGGCUCUUGAACAACAGCGCCAGCAUGACGAGGCAGCAACAAGGGCUGCCGAUGAAGAAAGGAACCAGCGUCGCGAGAAGAUAUUUAUCGGAGAGCGGGCGUUACUGACAAUGGCAGCGGAAUGGCGAACCGAAGCGGAGGAUGGCAAGUUGGAGGAUAACGCAAACAAGAUCACGCUCCUCCUCUCGCACCUCACAGAUGUCCUUGCAACCUGCAUUACACAACAGGCGGAGAUUCUCGGUCUCGACACCUCGCUAGCUCACGUCCAAGACCGCCUUCAGCGGUUGGAGCAACGACCAGUCGCCGCCGCCGACACAAGCUCUUCCAACACUGCCGACCGCCUCAGUGCAUUGGAGAUGGACGUCGGCUCACUCAAGGAUGGCGUGCAAUUACAGCAGACCGCGACGCAACAGUUGCAACAGCGGAUCUGCACUACCGCCACCACCUCGAGUUCAGAACCUCGCAAGACAAAUCCAAAGUCUGACGGGCAGGAGAUCUUCUGCGACUCAAUGAAGACAGAUCCGAUUCCAUGGUUUCGCAAGUUCGAGCUCACGUUGCAGCUCCACAACGUCAAGGAACUCAAGCACCACGCAUACUUGUACUCUCGCUCAGGGGGCGCGUGUCAGGCUUGGUUGGACAACUUGUUGUCCAAGUACGGAGUGGUAGCCAACGACUUGCACACCAAGAUCAGUUGGGAUGAUCUGAAGGCGGCGUGGCAUAAGCGGUUCCAGGUGGAGCCGCCGGAGAUCAAGGCCAUGGACAAGCUCAUGAUCUUCGAGCAAGGCGCUUUGCCGAGUACGGACUGGAUGGCCGAGUACGAACGCUUGACGUCAGUCCCAGACAUCCAGAUGGGCUUCAAAGCCAUCCGCCAUUACUUCAUCUCAAGGUCAUGUCCGACAUUAAGCAAUGCCCUGACACAUGUUGAGGACACCUUGACGACGACGGCGGCAUUGUUUGACAAGGCCGCACAAAUCAUCAUGACGAACAAGGAGGCCAAGAACCUUCGUUCAUCUGCGUCAGGCCCGAGCAGGGACCAGCAUCGACCAAGAGUGGCCGUGGUCGCAGCGGCAACGCCGUUUGACCAAUCCAGCGAGGCUGUGUCUGCUAGUGAAGGGGACAGACUCGCAGCCGCCCGGGAAGGUGGCCGCCCUGGCAGAGGCCGAGGACGCGGCAAGACGAAGACACACACCGCAUCUAGCCCCGGGCCCGGUGCAGCAGCUCAGGGCAUCAGUCCGCUAUCGGACAAGAUUCAGGCCGUCCAAGAGUGGCCGGAGCCUCGGAACGUCACAGAUGUCCGCUCGUUCCUCGGUCUCGCCGGCUACUAUCAGCGCUUCAUCAAAGGCUACUCGAAGAUCGCGGCCCACUUGAACAAGCUUCAAUGCGAGGAUCGACCGUUUGACUUCGGAGCGGAGGCACGGGGAUCAUUCUUCGCUCUCAAAGCCGCGCUAUUGUCUGCGGAGGUCUUGCGGAUAUACGACCCGCUCUUGCCUACGCGCGUCACUACGGAUGCGUCAGGCUAUGACAUUGGUGCAGUCCUCGAGCAACAUGACGGUGUGGACUGGCACCCAGUCGAAUACUUCAGCAAGAAAGUGCCCAUCGUGCAUUCCAUUGAUGAUGCACGCAAGAAGGAGCUCCUCGCCUUCGUCCAUGCGUUCAAGCGAUGGCGGCACUUCCUCCUUGGUCGAAGCCAAUUUCGUUGGGUAACGGACAACAAUCUGUUGGUCUUUUACAAGACCCAAGACACCGUCAACAGCACCAUCGCUCGAUGGAUGACUUUCAUCGACCAGUUCGACUUCUUUCCCGAUCACAUUCCCGUGAAGUCGAACCGUUUUGCGGAUGCUCUUUCAGGGCGUCCGAAUCAUUGUACCGCGGUCUACUCAACCUUCGAGAUCGACGACGACCUGCGGAACAGUUUCAUCCGCGGUUACCAAGCCGACCCCGAGUUUCGCGACAAGUACGGGAAUUGCUCCUCUCCUAAUCCGGCUCCUUCUCGCUACUGGAUCCAAGAGGGGUACUUGUCCACACGCGGGGGAAGGACCUUCUUUGCGUACCAAGUGAUCCUCACUUGCGUACACGACUUCUUGGCGAGUUCCACGGUGCUCCCGCCACCGGACACUUUGGAGUCAAUCGCACGAUUGGCCGACUUCGCCAGCGAUUUUGGUGGCCCGGCCUUCUCGGCGACGUCACGCGCUAUUGCGAGUCAUGCGAGGUCGAAGCUUUUCGAUUUCUUGGUGGCUGCACGAACUAAUCGGCCGUCGCUCGCACAGGUAGCGUGCGACGCGCCGAGCGGCCACAGAUCGAUCCCGGCGUAUUGUAGGUCCAGGUCCGGAUCGUCGCUCAAGAUGUUGAGAGAUUGGCAGCGGUCCGGAUCUGAACCUCGUGUGAAAGGGAACAGCAGCAGCAGCAGGAUGGGAAAUCGUCGGAAGGGAGUGAUUGGAGGAAGACGUAUGCAUAGGCUUUCGGUGGGAGGAGCCAUGGCUGCUGCUGCUGUGACGAGCAGUGGUCUUGGCGAUGGUGAAGCUCCUCGUUGUAGUGGCUAUGGUGGCUAUGACGGAGAUGGGAGCGGUUCGCUGUCCGCUUGGCGAUUUGCGGCGGCGAUGGCGAUAUCAAAGUACACUCUUUUCUUGCACUUGAUGAUGAUAAUUUUGAUCCUGUUCUCAUUGGCUUGUCCUUCUGUUGCCGUCAACACUUACAGCAAACUGUAUGCCAAAGGCGGGCGAUCUUUCUCAAUACUCAGUAGUGAUACGUUGGAUGUGGUGUGGGACAGCGGCGACGCUUUCGAGGCCAACAUUUCUGCCCUUAAUCCGAGCUAUUUCAACUCUAGAGGUUUUACGAAAGAGGAGUACGAUACGGUGCUUCAUCGGAGGAUAAUUAACCAAAAUGCAAGCAUCAACGCCGGUCUGUUAGAGCAGUUCAGUGCGGGGAUAUUUGACUCCAUGAGUACUGAAAUGGGAUGUCAACCCAGGGCUUUAGCGUUUGGACUAAUUAAUCAAGAGAAGGAUAGGUUUCUGUUUAUCGCAUUGAAGAAUCCCUCAGGAAUAAUGGUUUACAAUCUCACGAAUGCGACAGCGCCAGUGUUCAAGUCUUGGACAAAAUUUGCUGUUCAAGAUCUUGAACCUGAAGCAUUGUAUUUCACAGCGGCUGGAGAGUUUGGAGAGUUCUCUAGCAGCGCGUAUCUGUACGUGACCUGUGGGUUUAGCGCCAGUCUGCUAGUGUAUCAGGUCAACGCGGAUGGAGGGUUGACUAUGGUAACGCGCUUCGAUGGGACUGUAGGAAGUGAUGGAGUGCCAUUUGGCGCCAGGCUAAUCAACGGUUUGCCCUCCUAUUCCUCCAUAGCUUAUAUUCCCGCCAGCAGCUCGAUGCUUGGCGCGCCCUUGCUUCUUGUAGGGAAUCAGUUCGGUAGGAGGAUGGAGGUGUUCCUCAUCAACAGCACGGCAGCGGGGACAUCCUUGACUCUUCAGCGCUUGGGCGCAGUAAACUAUUCUUCGGGUAUUGCCGAGCCUGGGUCCACUGUUCCGGUGUUCACACCUGGGUUUCCAUCUGACAUCUACGUGCAGGGGAAUCUCCUUGCCGUGACUAUAGUUCCGUACGAUCCGUUAGAUGUGACGCGCAGCGUCGAGGUUCAGGCCGAAGUCAUUCCUGGGGUCGUCAUGUUCUAUCAGAUCAAACAAGAUGGGCUACAACCGUUCAAAUUCUUAGGCUUUAGUAGCACGGGCUAUUGGCCGAAGAAGAUCGUGUUUGCCGGGUCGCGGUUCUUGGUGGUUAAUUACGCCAAGUAUGCACCAAUCAACAGAGGCCUGGAGAAUGUGGAUCUGCCAGGUGGCGUGACGGAAAUCACAGUGUCUUCGGAUCUUUCCAGCCUGGCCGGUGCUUUGCAGGCUGUGUCUGCCCAAGGCAACAACAACGUUUCAAGCCUCGCCAUUAACCUCGUGUUCGACAAGGUCAUCCUGGACGAUGAGAUCGAGCUCCCUGGAACCGGAAGGUUGGCAACGGAUCCGCAGCCAGUGGACAUCGCGUACUCUAACAACUCGGAGAUAGCCUACGUCUUGCUCAGAAGCAGCAACGCCAUAGCCAAGCUCAACGUGACUGCGAUGGAAUUUGUGUCCGUCCACUGGCUUGGAGCGAAGAACUACUCUUCUGUGCGAAUCGACGCGAGUUCAAAGGACGGCGGGAUCAACAUGCGCACGUUCAGCGGUCUGUUCGGGCUGUACAUGCCCAGCAGCAUGAAGGUUCUCCCCGCCUUCCCAGGCUAUGGCGACGAGGAGUACAUCAUCACCGUCAACGAGGGCGACGACACGGCGGUCCCCGGGGGGGGAGUUACUGUGAAAGAGCUCGAUCUCGAUGCUCAGGCCUUCCCGACAGCUGACGAUUACAAGAACCCUGCCAAUCUUGGGGAUCUCAAGGUUGUACUGUGGAAGGGGCUCACAUCGCAGGUGCACACUCAACUGUAUCACAACCUAACGAGGACGGCAGAGACGCUGUGCAACACGUACUCCUACUUCCAGUUUGACGUAAACUCGAGCCAGAUCUGCAUGGACAUGAGAGUGCAGUUGGCUGCCAUGCAAGGUACUCCGGACAUUUAUGUGAGCAGACUUCCGGCUGUUAAUCCGGAAAUUUACGAUCUGACGUGGUCCAACUACGAGUCCACGUCGGACAAUGUCGAGGACUUUGUCAUCAGCCACCUGGACCCGGAGUUUGUACCCGGGACGUACUACUUCGGAGUGUACGCGUACUGCGAAGACGUCAGGAAAGAGGCCGCCAUCUACAACAUCACCGUCACCUUGGAGAAUCCGACUAGCAUGACUGGCUCGACCAACGAUCUUCUCAGCAGUCCUGUCAUCAACAUCCCUACGCCUGUUGGUUUUAUGCACUACUACAGCUUCUGCAUCAAUUACCCUUGUGCUCCAAUCACUGUCAAUGUGAGUGAUUGCCAACCUGGCGUCAACUUUUGUCCGGAGGUGUUGGUGUCCACCAGUGUCAUGAGGCCGGAGGUUGAAGAUUACACGUGGAAGACGAUGGGAGGACAGCGGUCAGUGACUAUCGGUCUGGAGGAUCCUUAUAAUGAGGGCGGGGUGUUUUACGUCGGCGUCUUGAGUCGGUGUGUCGAUCCCGAUCCUGCCAACUGCGCCGUCGCGUCUGCUCAAUCCGUCUACAAUCUCUCCGUGAGCUACGAUUCCACACCGCCUCCGUUGUGUCCACCGAAACGGGGCCUCGUUACCAAGCCUUCAGCCGGGACCAUGGUUCUGGCAGCAGAGGUCCCGGCCAAUCAAUCAACCAACUGCGGGGAGCUCAACUACUUCGCCAUCAAAGUUGACGAUCCUUGCUUCGAUCUCGUGAUCGAGGCCACACCAGCGUGUCCGACAUGCGGUUUGCCGCGAAUCUACGUGUCCAAAGAUUACAUUGACAUGCCCACAGCCCUCGACCGCACCUGGGCAAGCAGUCAAUCAGACGGUAAGUCGAGUGUGGUAGUGUCGGCUUUCGACAGGGAUUUCACCAUUGGCUGGUUCUUCAUUGGUGUGCAUGGAGAUUGCUCCGUGCCGAGCAGCUCGCCGCCGGUGGGUACGACUCCUCUCACGGCCACCACAUACUCCAUCGUCGCGACGUUCUCAUCCAGCCACGUGUACAGGUGGCCCAAUGUUACCAGCGUCGACAUGAUGAACAAGAUGAUCAUUAAUCAGUACGUCAGCGAGCCCAAUGGCUACCAUUACUAUCACUUCUGUGUAAGUAACAAGACGCUUGGCGAUGUCGUGGUCAUGCUUGCUAAUUGUGUUUCCCCGAUGGAUUGCCCGGAGACGUACUGGUGGCCGGAGAUGUUAGUUUCUAAGUCUAGAUGGGCCCCGACUGUAAGCGACCGGGCGUGGAGACUAGCGCAGCUGAAGCGCAACAACAUUACCCUGAGGGUUCACGAUCCCAACACUCGCCAAGAGGGGGGGCACUACUUUGUAGGGGUCUAUGCUUGGUGUAAUAAGGAUUGCAACCUGUCCCAGUCCUUGGCGGGAGACUCUUGCGCGCCGUGCCCGAACAUCCUCAAUAGUCCUUAUAACCUGUCGGUGCAGCAGGGGGCUACGCCUCUCGAGAUCGUGCAGCCCGUCCUGGAAGUCUCCCAGCUUCAAGGCAAUAGCACUGUGCCCAAUGUCAUGAUGGCGAAAUCUGGAGCAACCGUCGAAUUUUCGGCCGGGGAUUGGUGGGGGAUGUCGUUCCGCAUUGUGCUCGCUACAGCCGUGACCUCCUUCUUUGCUCUGUUGCGGUUGCUGUAAUCAUAUUCUGCUAACCUUCAACAGUUAGUUAGUAAGAGCUUUUGAUUGAACGUCAUGCAGCCAUUAAUUAGUAGAGGGCUUGAUCAGGGCAGGCAGGGCAUAUACUCACUCCCUAUCUGUCUAUCUGUCUAUAUCGGUAUAGUCGACUCCAUUUGCACCUGUUCCAUCUCCCGCCUCCCGCCUCCUCCAACAUGACUAUCUGUCUAUGUGUCUAUUUGCACCUGCCACCUUCUGCCUCCGACCUUCUCCAAUG